AAAUAGUAACAUAUCUUCUUUCAAAAUGACUAGUCUUACUAGGGCAAUUAUCCUUUUGCUUUUAAUUUAUUAUUGCGAUGGAAAAGGCAAAUAUUCCCAAGAGGCAAAUAAGCCUAAAGUUAAAACAGAAUUUUCGCAAUCUAAGAAUUUGAAGGCACUAAGAGAGCUUGAUAAGCCAUUUCGAAUGCAUAAAAUAAAUUUAGUAUGGAUUAAAGCAAAACAUAGAUUAACAGAUCCCAAGUUACAAUCCCUAUUCAGCGAUUUGAAGAUUCAAGAUAAAGAAGAAAUAGCAUUUAAACAUAUAAAAUCAGAUGGAAAAGAUGAGAGUGGAUUGGAAGAAGCUAGAUUGCGCAAAAAACUUAUUGGAAUUAUGAGCACCUAUGGCUUGCUCGAGCACUUUGAAGAAGUUACGGAUCCUGAACUUUUGAAAAAACAUAAACAAUUUAAAGAUAGUUCAAAUUACAUUGCCAAAGACGUUUUUAAAGAUAAAAGAUUGAAUAAGCUGUGGGCUAAGGCAGAAAGAGGUGGCUUUAGUCACGAAGAAUUGGAGGCUUUAAAGGAGGAAUUCAGUCAUCAUCAGGACAAAAUAGACGAGUACAUGAGUUUAUUGUCGGAAAUUGAAGCAGGAGAUCCCGAUAAACAUAAAAAUAGUCUGCACGAUAAACCGGAAAGCUUAAAUGUUGUAUUAAACGAAGAGGAAAUGAGCAAUGAUGUACCUGGACAAAAGAAAGACUAUUUAGCUAAAGCAAAUCUACUUAAGGAAAAGCAUUUGGAAGUUAGAAGUGGAUACGAUCAUUUAGAAGGAAUAACAGCUAAGGGACCGAAUCACAAAGAAUUUGUCGAUCCUAAGGUACAAGGACUCUGGAGAAUGGCGGUUGAAGCCAAAUUUUCAAAUACAGAAUUAGCAUCGCUAAAGGAAGAACUUUUGCAUUAUGAAACAAGGCUUCUGAAACUCAGGCAUCUUCAUACCGAGGCAGCAUUAGAAGCAGCUAGAAAAGGAAAAGAUUAUAAACCAAAUAAAACGAGCGAUACUCACAUAUCGCAACAUACUAGAAACGUUGAAAAAUUACAUAGAGAUAUCGAAGCAAAAAUUAUGCAAAAACACGUAGAACUAUAAAACAUUAUA